AUGCCAGACUUUCCAUCCCACACUAUCCCGCCUGGGGCUACAGCCAGGGUAUGUCUAAUUGACACAACCACUACUAUCGACAAUGUUCCCUUUGCUCGCCUGCUGGAGCCCCCCAUUGAGGGCGUUAAUAAGAUUCCUAUUCUACGCACCUAUUCCUUUUUCGUGGAAAACUCUCGCGGACGUAAAGUACUGUUUGACCUGGGUGCUCGAAAGGACCUCAAAAACCUGGCACCGUCAGUCCGCAGUAUGCUGGAUACCGUUGACUGGGUAGUGAAGGUAGAGAAGAAUGUGCUCGACAUCUUACAGGAGAACGGAUAUGAGGGUAAAGAAUUCGAGGCCAUAAUUUGGAGCCACCAUCAUUGGGACCAUAUCGGGAAUGUGGCCCCCUUCCCAAAUAGUGUCAACCUGGUUGUUGGGCCCGGGUUUACAAAAGCAUACCUACCUGGGCCGUCCACCCUCGAUGAUUGCCCGGUUGAUUCCCCCAUUCCGAUGUCAGAUUACAUGGGAAGGGAAAUGGUUGAAGUUGAUUUCAAUGGGCCUCGCUCGCUGAAAAUCGGGCGCAUGAGGGCUCAUGAUUACUUUGGCGAUGGGUCGUUCUAUCUUCUUGAUACUCCAGGACAUUCGAUCGGCCACUUAUCCGCCGUUGUGCGCACCUCAACCAGUCCGGAUACGUUUGUCAUUCUGGGCGCCGAUGCUAUCCAUGAAACCGGCGAACUGCGUCCCUCUCAAUACCUCCCAAUCCCCGAAACACUCCAUCUUGCCCAUUUUUCGAACCCGCAGCAGAAUAUCUUCUGUCCUGGAGACGCGGUCCAUGAAUUACAAGCGUCAAGAGGCCGGAAACCCACAGACGCAUUAUUCAACCCAACAGCAGGAUAUAACAUGCCCGAUGUACACAACACCAUUCGAAUGCUCCAGGAGUUCGAUUGGAAUGAGAAUUUCUUCUUCAUCUACGCCCACGAUGGAUCCAUCAAAGGAGUCGUGGAUGAGUUUCCAAUGCCCCUUAAUGAUUGGAAAGAAAAAGACUGGGGACGCCUGACGAAAUGGAGGUUUCUGGGACACUACGUGCCCUGUUUGAGAUCAAUUGCUGCGAGCCCCUAA